AUGCCUCAGCGGACUCUAACCGUUGACGGUCAAUCCGUCACGGAUCUGAGCGACACUCGCCCAACUGAUAUCGAAUACCCAGAGACCUCUGAGUMCCCCGCCAUACGGCAGAGAGCCCUUCCUCUCAGGCCUCUAGGUGAUCACGUACCUCCACGUGGCAUCCGCGAGCCAACCGCAGUUCCACGAGACAGGGGGUUCUUCGCAAACCCUGACCUGCCGAAUCUGUUUGCAGAUCCGGAAGUCAAAAGAUUGGAUCUAACACCUUCCUUGGGUACACUUAUCACCGGGCUGCAGCUUUCUUCGCUGACGGACGCGCAAAAGGAUGAGUUGGCGUUACUUGUUGCUCACCGGGGUGUGUUGUUCUUCCGUGACCAGGAUAUCACGGCCGAAGGGCAGAGGGCAUUGUUCGAUUAUUAUGGAAUCCCAGAAUUGCUGCCCGACCCAGAAGACGCCAAGGCAAAGGGCAAACCUAUAGUGAAUACUAUUGCGGAACAAGAUGAAGACUUCCGAGAAAGCUAUGUCCAUUUUAAAUGGCCAUUCGCAGACUUUCAUGCAGAUAGUAGCUUCCAAGCUAACCCUCCCUCGUUCUCUCUCUUGAGAGUUCAUGAAUUACCGCCCACAGGCGGUGACACAAGCUGGAUAUCCGGCUAUGGCACAUAUGAGACCUUAUCAAAACCACUGCAAAGAUUUGCAGAUAGCCUCAACGCUUGGCAUAGCUCCGGGCUUGUAUACGAAUCCAUCAUCAAUCAUUGGAAGCAUAAUGUAGCAGAGCGACCCAUCGAGACACUGCAUCCAUUGGUGACUACCCACCCAGUGACAGGUUAUAAAGUCCUAAAUCUGAAUUCGGGUUUCGUGACGAGGCUGGACGGACUGAAACGAUAUGAAUCUGAUAAGCUUCUCGAACUCCUCUUCACGCAUAUUCAUACGGCCCAGGACCAUAUGGUGCGGUUUCGCUGGGAAAGAAAUUCGGUAGCGUUGUGGGAUAAUCGGUACAGUCUUGUUCCCGCAUCACCCUAG